UUACCCGUCAUGCGGUAUUGUGUUUUGUUAAAAAUGAACCACAACUGGUUGUCGAUCUUGUUCAUUUGCGGUGUCAUCUACAACACCUGUGCUUUAUCCAUUGAUUGUGGUGAAUUUUAUGACGACGAAACCAUUUCAAGAACAUGGGGAUAUGUCUACUAUUCAUGCAAUGGAACCGUAAUGACUAACGCCGAUAACAAUCGAACGUUGGAAUUAUUUGGAUUCCAUUUAUAUGGCCGGAACAGUAGCUAUACUGAUCGUUUCGCAUUGAAUAAUCAGAAUUUGACAUCAUUUACGACCAGUUUCGAGAAAUUCUUUCCAUUUCUCCGGAUCAUAGACUUUUCAUUCAAUUACAUCGAGAGCGUGACGAAUAAUCAUUUGCAGCCACACAAGCGUCUGAACUCACUCAUCCUCAAACAUAAUAGAAUUUCUUCUCUCGACAGUAAUCUGUUUGAUGGCUUGAAUCAGUUAAUUGAAGUCAAACUGAACGAUAAUAACAUAAAGCACGUCGGCUAUGACAUCAAAUUACCUUCUUACGUUUAUAUGGAUAACAAUCCUUGCACCCCGACAUGUUGCAACACCGUGAAUAGGGACACAUUGAUUUCAGAAUUUCUGCGUAAUCAGUGUCCUCCAUUACAAUCCACAAUAGAGCAUUCGGUUGGUUUUCCUCACGGUGUCGAGACUAGCAAUGCUGUAGACCAUACACAAGAAAAGGAUGAGCAACCAGCGACUGAGGAACCGGGAAUAGAAACAAAACCACCAUCACUUGGAGAAGUCAUUCAUUGUUCCAUAGCGGUGAUACACAGACCUAAUGAACCACUGGGGAGAAGGUGUACCGAAAUCAUUAACGAAAUGAAGUCAACGUCCAAAUAUCAAACAUAAAUCCAGUGCCAAAAUCAUAGUUAAGUUGAUUAAAUAAAUUGUUAUUUGGA